AUGUUUUGGCUAUUUAUAUUCGCCUUGAUUGGUUCUUGCUUCUCCAUGCGACAACAAUCCGUCGCCGUACGCGGUCAGCUUCUUUGUGGAGAAAGACCAGCAGUUGGUGUCAAAGUGAAGCUGUGGGAUGAAGAUGACGGGCCGGACCCGGACGACGCAUUGGACGAAAUGUACACAGACGGAAAUGGCAACUUUCGUCUCCAGGUGAGUAUCUAG